UUUAAUAUGCUUUUCUUACGUAUUUUGACCUCAGGAAUCCCUAUUCAUAGGCUGAAUUGAUCUAUCUAUGAAAUUGAUCGAAUUAUCGCCAAUUUUGUGGUUUUCCGAGCAGAAAAAUUGCGAUAUCUUUGUGCGUAAUUGAAAGAUGAUUACUUGGUCGACGUAAAGCGAUUUUCUCAUUGGCACUCCUAGCGGGAGUAUCAGCUUUUCGAGUUAUAUCCAAUUAAUAAUGCAGAGGGCGAGUAAAAGUGGAAAAUCGAAUAAUCUUUGGCCAACCGAACAAGCUGCGGGGUCUACGUUCCGCACGUACGGAGAUUUAUCAAGGUUAUCGCUACGAACGUGACCGCCAUUAUUUUGCAUUUUCAAGCAUUUAAUAUCUAGCCCUAAAUUCAAAUUCUCAAGGCGGCACCAUAUAUCUAUGGCGGCACACAUGCAGGAGUCGUAUACUCAAAAGAUUCGCUCUAUCACACCACGUGUAUAACACCACCAACUGCGAAGGCAAUCGAGGAUAAACACGGAUAUAAUUCAUCCUGAGAACCCCAUUCGAGUACCGAUGUAACCGAGCACGUAAAUUGUGUGUAUCUAUCCGUGUAUACGUACGCAAACGUUACACAUGUCACGCGGUAGUACAUGAAUCCAUAUAAAUACAUGAGGCAUUUGCAGUUCGGAGCAUUCAAGUUCGAAGCCAAGCAAACGUUCCCAUGGGUGCAGUUCGCGACAUACCCUAAAACUAUAGAUACGACCCUAUAUUCCGGCACCACGUGGUGCUGAUCGUCCAACUAAACUGUAAACUCCUGUUGGAUUAAACUUGGAAGCUCGAGGUAUAGAUAAUACCUGUAGAUACAGAAGCCCUGGAUCGUUUGGUCGAGCGAUCGCACCCCACGCGGUACCCGGAUUCGCUGAGCUUUUGAUCGUAUCGAGUUAUUAAUCGCGUACAUCAACAUGCGGCUGCGGGUGCGGCCACUCCGCGCCAUCGUGGUCCUCGUCAUCUUGCACCAGGGGAUAUACGCGUCGACUACAGCUGAGGCAACGGAGGAGCAAGACGAGGUGAAGAUCGUGGGCGGAAUUCCUGCCAAAGCCGGACAAUUUCCUUACCAAGUGUCCCUCCGGACAAAGGACAACAAGCACUUUUGCGGCGGGUCCAUCCUGAACGAACGUUGGAUCCUCACAGCGGCGCAUUGUCUCGCAGGAUCGAACGACGAUAGCGUCGCAGUCGUCGUCGGAACAACGACAUUGGACAGCGGUGGCGACUCUUACAAGUCGCUCAAAGUAAUCCCCCAUCCGGAUUACAGCCAAUUUUUGAUACGCGACGACAUUGGUUUGAUCGAAGUCGAAAAACCCAUAGUUUACGGUGACAACGUGAAGCCCGUAGUUCUUCCUACGGAAGACUUCAAUAAAACCGAUUACCCUGCAGUACUGUCUGGCUGGGGUACGUUAUCGUACCCAGGAAAAACGCCCAACGAACUUCAACACAUAACUCUGAGCGUCAUCGACCAAAACGAAUGUCUGAACACGAGUUUCCGCGUAACAAACAGCAACAUCUGCACACUGAAUAAAAAAGGCGAGGGAGCUUGUCACGGCGACUCUGGAGGACCACUUCACUCGGACGGGGUUCAAAUCGGUGUUGUCUCCUGGGGAACACCGUGCGCACGAGGAAAACCAGACGUUUUUACCCGCGUGUUCAGUUAUCGUGAUUGGAUAACGAGCUUUGCAAAUGUUACGGAAAACUUGAAUUUGUAAAAAUCAUUGGCCAAAAGUCCUCAGACCCUUUCCACCCCUGAAAAAGUUCUGAUUGCAUCGCUAAUAAAAUUUUGAAUGAAUCAAUAAAACUCGCAAAAAAUUAAUCAUGCCCCGAAACGGCGAAAAGAAGAAAUUUGGAUCGGCCUAUGUUGAGACUGCACGAUACUACGUUGAGAGCGAAUUGUAUAGAUAUUAAUUUCUCAAGUUUGAAGUAGAAGUGCGCAGCUCGAUGAAGUUCCAAAAUCAAAUCGAGAUUAAAAAAAAGUCUCGAGAUAGCAAAUUCUGACGCUUGACGUUAUCCGGUUUUUUUUUUUUUUUCUUUUUACAUCACCCUGCUACCAAACCGUAUCUAACUGACCUCUUUGCACGAAGGUGAACGUCAUCUCCCGAGCUCAAUGCAAAUCUGCAGGUAGGCGAGUCACAGAUAAGAACACCCUUUACUAAAGUCGCACAAGGCACAAGUAUUCAGAGCUGGUGAAUUUAGCUAUCUUGUUGUUAGCUAGAUGGAAGGAUACACCGGUUAAUCGAUGGGACGAUCGCGCGUAUUUCGUCCAUCGGCGUUUGAACGAAUGACUUUGAUCAUGAUGAAAUGAUUGUGUACAAUUUUUGGAGACUGUUAAACGCACGAAUCAAAUUUGAAACUGAUCGUCGAAAUGACCAGAGAACGUUGACGGAGUUAAACUUUACUCGCAUACGUACUUUAGCUCGUGAAAAAUUGAGUCUUGAGAAAUUGAGAAAUUGAUAGUUCGGCAAUAACGGUUUAUCUGGGAGUAAGAUAAAAUCAGAACAUGUUACUGGACUGAUUGAGCAUUUUCAUAUCGCUAAUGGAACAGGUAUCUAAAAUCGUGAAUCACUUACUUGCGCAGAUUCCUAAUAAUAUAAAUCAAAAUCAAAAUAAUUAAAUUCUGAUUAUCGAUCGUUGAUUGGAAAAUGAUUCACCAACGAUUCGAUUCAAGAUCCGCGGGUAUAAAUACAACAGAGAUUAUUCCGAGUCACACAACAGCCAUGUAUCGUAUUGCCUGUCUCGUCUUCGCCCUGGUGGCUGCCUGCUCCGGUACACCGUUUCCGGAAGGUAGAAUCGUAGGGGGUUCCGUAGCGUCGGAAAACCAGUUCCCGUAUCAAGCAUCCCUGCAAAUACAGAAGAGCCAUUUCUGCGGUGGUUCCA